GCUCUGCCGAAGCAAGGAAGCCUGGAUGGACGGAGUUCGCAGCAUGCGGCGUUGUGUUUCACAACGACGAGGGUGUGAGCCAGCGCCGCCUUCCCCAGCUCCCCUCCCCUCAUCCUCCUCUUUCCUCCACCCCAACCAGGAAACACGGGCCCGGCUCUUCUGAAGCCGUUUCGCAUGAGGAGGGCAGAAAUGGCGGCCAACAUGUACCGGGUCGGAGAUUAUGUCUUCUUUGAGAAUUCCUCCAGCAACCCUUAUCUGAUCAGGCGAAUAGAGGAGCUCAAUAAGACGGCAAGCGGGAACGUGGAGGCCAAGGUGGUCUGCUUCUACAGACGGAGGGACAUCUCCCACAGCCUGAUACAGCUGGCUGACAAACAUGCCAAGGACCUGGAGGAGGAGAAGGAGAGCCCGAGCGAGCCGGACCUCACGGACAAACAGAAGCACCAGCUGCGCCAUCGAGAGCUCUUCCUGUCCCGACAGUAUGAGUCGCUCCCGGCAACGCACAUCAGGGGGAAGUGCAGCGUGGCGCUCCUGAACGAGACGGAAGCUGUGCUCUCGUACCUGGACAAAGAGGACACCUUCUUCUACUCGCUGGUGUACGACCCCACACAGAAGACCCUGCUGGCGGACAAGGGCGAGAUCCGCGUGGGCCCCCGGUUCCAGGCUGACGUCCCGGACAUGCUGCAGGAGGGCGAAGCGGACGAGCGGGACCUGGCCAAACUGGAAGAGAAGAUGUGGGACCCGCAUUGUCCGCUCACCAGCAAGCAGAUCGACCAGUUCCUCGUCGUGGCACGGGCGGUGGGGACGUUCGCCCGGGCGCUGGACUGCAGCAGCUCCGUCAGACAGCCCAGUUUACACAUGAGCGCCGCCGCCGCCUCUCGAGACAUCACACUGUUCCACGCCAUGGACACCCUGCACCGGCACGGCUACGCCCUGUCCAGCGCCAUCAGCGUGCUGGUACCGCAGGGCGGGCCGGUUCUGUGCCGGGACGAGAUGGAGGAGUGGAGCGCCUCCGAGGCCAACCUGUUCGAGGAGGCGCUGGAGAAGUACGGCAAGGACUUCAACGACAUCCGGCAAGACUUCCUCCCAUGGAAAUCCCUGACCAGCAUCAUAGAGUAUUACUACAUGUGGAAGACCACAGACAGAUACGUACAGCAGAAACGGCUGAAGGCAGCGGAAGCCGAGAGCAAACUGAAGCAAGUUUACAUCCCCACAUAUAAUAAGCCAAACCCCAAUCAGAUCAGCAACGGGAAGAUGGCCGCCGUGAACGGAGCCGCGGGCGCGGGCGGAUACCCGAUGGCGGGAACAGGGCGGGCCUGCGAGAGCUGCUUCUCCAUGCAGUCUGCCCAGUGGUACUCAUGGGGCCCCCCCAACAUGCAGUGCCGCCUGUGUGUGUCCUGCUGGCUGUACUGGAAGAAGUACGGGGGCCUGAAGAUGCCCAGCCGGGCCGAAGGGGAGGAGAAGAUGCCUUCCAGCCCGGCCCCCAAUGAGCCCCGGUCCCGGGGCCACGGCCCCCGGCAGGGCUCCCACAUGGUGCCCAUGCGGAACAGCGGCAGCCCCAAGUCCUCCAUGAAGACCAAGCAGGCCUUCCUCCUGCAGGCCACGCGGCUCACCAAGCUGGCCCGUCACAUGUGCCGUGACCUCAUCAGGCUGCGCCAGGCGGCCCGCCGGCCCUUUGUGCCCAUUAACUGUGGCGCCGUAAAGGCGGAGUACCUGAGCAGAGUCCCAGAUGGAGCGGGUCGGCCUACUCGUUUCAGAGCCUCACAACGGAGCACGCUCUCCAGCGUCCUGCAGUACCUGGAGACUCGUCCAGCACCCCAUACGCCCCGUCCUCCCCGGACCCCUGGCCUGCAAGUCCCGCCCCCCAAGACCCUGAUCUCCUCACUGCCCAGCCAUGGGCCGCUAGGAAUGCUGGGAAAGCGUAGCUACCAGCACCAGAGCAGGAUGGAGACAGAGAGACGAGGGGCUGCCAGUGGUCAAGAUAACUCCAGUCACAGUGUGGGACCGGUCCUGGACGAACAGCCAGAAGAGUUUAUUGGUGUGCUCAUGACUCAAACCAGUGUAUUUGAGCUGAGAUGACUAGCUCGGUGGAUAGAAAUGGAUUCUGAGCCAAGUCAGCCUGUUGUCAUGGUGAAGGGUCCUGAUCCUGUGUGGUUUUUGUUCCUGCCUCUCUGGCUUCCUGCUUGUGCGUGUCUCUGGUUACACACUCACCUCGGACAACCAAAGUGAGCCCUAAUCCAGGGAUGUAAUGUCAACCCUCAGAGUCCUUUCGAACGUCUCUAAACCCAGAGGGAUAGCUGAUAAGAGACCAAUAAGAAAAACUAAAUGGAGUAGAGUUAUGUCUCACCUGCUAUUGGCUGCUUAUCCGACUGAGCACAGCCUGACCCAGCACAGCUUGUGUGUGCAUCUGUUCAUUAAAUAAAGGCUGUUCACUGGGAAAAUUAUGGCUGUUUUCACUAGAGCAAAUUAAUAAUUACUACCUGUUACAUCUGUUUCAUGCUAUUGCUUUCAUCCUCAACUACUUCACCAUGAUCCCACCUCUAUAACCCUGUAUAUACCCUCUCCAUACCGUGUAUAUACCCUCUGCAUAACCCCAUAUAUACCCUCUCUAUAACCCGGUCUAUGCCCUGUCCAUAACCCCAUAUGUACCCUCUCCAUAAUCCCAAACAUACCCUCUCCAUAACCCCAUAUAUACCCUCUCUAUAACCCGGUCUAUACCCUGUUCAUAACCCCAUAUGUACCCUCUCCAUAACCCUGUCUCUACCCUGUCCAUAACCCCAUAUGUACCCUCUCCAUAACCCUGUAUAUACCCUCUCCAUAACCCCAUCUCUACCCUCUCCAUAACCCUGUAUAUACCCUCUCCAUAACCCCUUAUAUACCCUCUCUAUAACCCGGUCUAUACCCUGUUCAUAACCCCAUAUGUACCCUCUCCAUAACCCCAUCUCUACCCUCUCCAUAACCCCAUCUCUACCCUCUCCAUAACCCUGUAUAUACCCUCUCCAUAACCCUGUACAUACCCUCUCCAUAACCAUGUAUAUACCCUCUCCAUAACCCCAUCUCUUCCCUCUCCAUAACCCUGUAUAUACCCUCUCCAUAACCCUGUAUAUACCCUCUCCAUAACCCCAUCUCUACCCUCUCCAUAACCCUGUAUAUACCCUCUCCAUAACCCCAUCUCUACCCUCUCCAUAACCCUGUAUAUACCCUUCCAUAACCCCAUCUCUACCCUCUCCAUAACCCUGCAUAUACC